AUGGCUGCUGUUCCUGACACGUCGACAAAAUUUGUUACGUCGUUCCUCGAGACGAACACUAUCUUUCGCCACGGUACACCACAACGUAUUAUUAGCGACCAGGGAUCAGCCUUUACGUCUCAGAUGUUUGCCGAAUGGGUAACGCGCUGGCAUACUAAACACAUUUUGGCCUUUGCAGAGCAUCCGGAGACCAAUGGAUUAGUGGAAAGAGUUAAUCGUACAUUAACCCUUGCAUUAUGCGCCUUCGUCAACGCCGAACAUACGGACUGUGACUUACAUUUAGCAACCGCAACGUAUGCUAUUAAUACUGCCCGCCAAGCCACAACCGAGGUAACGCCUUUUGAGUUAGUGAAUGGUCGUCUACCAGUUCUGGCCAUAGAAAAUCUCUUUCCUUGGCAAAAGAACGAUCAAGAACCACAUGCCAAUUUUUUGUCACGCGUUUCGGAAUUGAGGUCGUCAGCUCGUUUGCGCAUUGUGGAAAAACAACGGAAAAGCAAGGAAAGAACAAAUCGAGUUCGGAAGCCGGAACCCGAGCUUCUCCAUAGUGGCCUUGUUCUAGUUCGACGGAAGCCUAGAAAGAAAAAUUCCACCAAAAAAUUUCUUCCUAAGCUUGUGGGGCCAUUCCAGGUAGUGCGGAAGCUAUCUCAGACAACCUACCUAGUCGAAGACCUGCCCAGACGACGGAAGAAAUCAUCGUAUAGGCGUUUUGACGUCCACGUCUGCCAAGUUCGUCGCUUCCAUGGUCGGUCGGAUAUGGAGUGGGACGCAUCGGAAGAUGUGGCAGUCGACGAGUCUUCAUCUUCGCCUUCUUUGAGCGGCUCAUCUUCGUCCGAGUCGGAAGAGCAUCCACAGGAAGAUAGGCCAACAACAACUACUAGAGCUGGGAGACGGACAAAAAGACCUGCGUGGUUGAAAGACUACCACACAUAA